AUAAUAAAAAACCAAAACAACAAUCAGCCUCAAACUUGUUUAAAUAGACUUUGAUUAUAAACCCAACACAUCUUCCUCGUUUCUUAGCUUCGUGUCACUCUCUCUCUGUCUCUUACAAAAACACACACAGAAAAUGAAGAACCGGAACUCUGGUUCUGGUAGAAUCUCAGCCAAAUGGAUACCCAUUAUUUGCAUCGCUUCCUUCGUUCUUGGCGUUCUCAUCACAAGCAGUUGUAGUUUGUUAUUGUUGUUUUCGAAAGCCGACGAGAUUGUGACUUCGGAUCGUUGGUUGCACAGGAUGUGGGCCCCACCCGAAUCCAACGGUCAGCUCAUGUCUCACCGUCGACAGGAACAGGAGUUACCAACUGUCGCCGACGAUUGCAAUACUAAAACGAAACCGGCACCGAAUAGCGAUGUAAUGGAGAGUAUUCACAAAACCCAAGACGCAGUUCAGCUUGUUAGAUCUCUAGACAAGCAGAUUUCAAUGCUCAACAAGGAGUUAUCAACAACUCGGAGUUCUCGGGAAAUGGGGAUAUCUGAUGGCUCUGCUGCCACCUCUUUUUUGCCUCAAAAUGGCGCACCAAGGAAGAAAGCGUUCGUAGUUAUUGGAAUCAACACUGCUUUCAGUAGUAGGAAGCGGCGUGAUUCGGUUAGAAUGACUUGGAUGCCCCAGGGUGAAAAGCUUGUCCAAUUGGAGCGUGAGAAGGGAAUUGUGGUCCGGUUCAUGAUUGGCCACAGUGCAACAGCCAACAGCAUUUUAGAUCGAGCUAUUGAUUUAGAAGAGUCUCUGCACAAAGACUUUCUUAGGCUGGAGCAUGUUGAAGGGUAUCAUGAGCUGUCUUCAAAAACAAAGAUUUUCUUUGCAACUGCAGUUGCAAAAUGGGAUGCUGACUUCUAUGUCAAAGUGGAUGAUGAUGUCCAUGUCAAUUUGGGUAUGCUAGCUACAACUCUUGCCCGUCACCGUUCAAAACCUAGAGUCUACAUUGGGUGCAUGAAAUCUGGACCUGUUCUUUCUCGAUCGGAUGUCAAAUAUCACGAACCGGAGUACUGGAAAUUUGGGGAAGAGGGGAAUAAAUACUUCCGACAUGCAACUGGGCAGAUAUAUGCAAUCUCAAAGGAUCUAGCCACAUACAUCUCCAUCAACCAGCCUAUAUUGCAUAAGUAUGCCAACGAAGAUGUGUCACUUGGUUCAUGGUUUAUUGGUCUUGAAGUUGAGCACAUUGAUGACCACAAUAUGUGCUGUGGAACACCACCAGAUUGUGAGUGGAAGGCAGAGGCAGGUAAUGUUUGCGUUGCGUCAUUUGAUUGGAGCUGCAGCGGAAUCUGCAAGUCAGUGGAGAAGAUCAAGUUUGUUCACUCGAAGUGUGGUGAAGGAGAUGGCGCUGUUUGGAGCGCUGUAUAUUAAAUCAAUUCAAGAAGGUCCUUACACAGACAAGGUUUUGGAAAAUUUAUAAACCAGGUUCAACAACAUAGACACAGGCAGUUCAGAGCAUUAAAGUGGUGAAAGUUGUGCAUAUAUUUAUGACAUUCAAGUCCAUACGCUGUUCAUUCAAACUUUUAGCAGUUCAGUUACAUCAAUACUUGUCAGAUAUCUCAAGAUAGGGGUUUUUUUGGGGGGGUGGGGGGGUAGUAUAAUGUAGCCCCCGUUAGCAGAAGUAAAUUACAUGUAUUAUUGACGUUUGGUUGAACUGGUUUUACUUUGUGUAGUGAAAUACAAAAAUCGCAUUGAUUUUGCUGCAA